GGAGUUUGCGCUGCUGUACGGGCUGAAGCUGCGGCUGCUGCACUUCUAUCUUCCGAGGGAGAGAAGCCGAGGCCUGGGCCGAGCCCGGAGCCGCCGCUCGCCGGAGCCUCCUGGAGCCCCUGCGCCGGCUCAGCUUGGGGGCGGGCUCCGGUCCGGCCCGCCGCCGCUCCCAGGACAGAGGCUGCAUGCCCGAGGACCAGGCCGGCUCAGCCAUGGAGGAGGCAUCUCCCUAUUCCUUACUUGAUAUCUGCUUGAAUUUCCUGACUACUCACCUCGAGAAGUUCUGUUCAGCAAGACAAGAUGGAACAUUGUGUCUGCAGGAACCUGGAGUAUUCCCACAGGAGGUGGCUGAUAGACUGCUUCAGACCAUGGCUUUUCAUGGUCUACUGAAUGAUGGAACUGUGGGUAUUUUUAGGGGCAACCAGAUGCGCUUAAAGCGAGCUUGCAUUCGCAAAGCAAAGAUCUCUGCUGUUGCUUUCCGGAAAGCCUUCUGCCACCACAAGUUAGUGGAACUUGAUGCCACAGGUGUGAAUGCUGAUAUCACAAUUACAGACAUUAUCAGUGGGCUUGGCAGUAACAAAUGGAUCCAGCAAAAUCUCCAGUGCCUAGUGCUGAAUUCAUUAACUCUCUCCCUUGAGGAUCCCUACGAGCGGUGCUUCAGCCGGCUUUCUGGCCUUCGAGCUUUAAGCAUCACCAAUGUUCUCUUUUAUAAUGAAGACCUGGCUGAAGUUGCCUCAUUGCCAAGGUUAGAGAGCCUGGAUAUUUCUAACACCUCGAUCACAGACAUCACUGCUUUGCUGGCCUGCAAAGACCGACUCAAAUCUUUAACCAUGCAUCACUUGAAAUGUUUAAAAAUGACAACUACCCAGAUUCUGGAUGUUGUCCGGGAACUAAAACAUCUGAAUCAUCUUGAUAUCUCAGAUGAUAAACAGUUUACAUCAGACAUAGCUCUUCGCUUACUAGAACAAAAAGACAUCCUUCCCAACCUUGUCUCUCUGGAUGUUUCUGGGAGAAAGCAUGUGACAGAUAAAGCUGUGGAAGCCUUCAUACAGCAGCGCCCCAGCAUGCAGUUCGUAGGUUUGCUGGCCACUGACGCCGGUUAUUCUGAAUUCCUCACAGGCGAAGGACAUUUGAAGGUGUCUGGAGAAGCCAAUGAAAUUCAGAUUGCAGAAGCUUUGAAGCGGUACAGUGAACGGGCAUUCUUCGUCCGAGAAGCUCUGUUUCAUCUUUUUAGUCUGACUCAUGUGAUGGAAAAAACAAAGCCAGAAAUUUUAAAGCUUGUGGUUACUGGGAUGAGAAACCACCCUAUGAAUUUGCCAGUACAACUAGCUGCAAGCGCCUGUGUAUUUAAUUUAACCAAACAGGACCUUGCUGCAGGAAUGCCUGUCCGACUUCUGGCUGAUGUGACCCAUUUGCUGCUCAAAGCCAUGGAACAUUUCCCCAAUCACCAGCAGUUACAGAAGAAUUGCCUCCUUUCGCUUUGCAGUGACCGGAUCCUCCAAGAUGUUCCGUUUAACAGAUUUGAAGCAGCCAAGCUUGUCAUGCAGUGGCUCUGCAACCAUGAGGAUCAAAACAUGCAAAGGAUGGCAGUGGCUAUCAUUUCCAUCCUAGCUGCCAAGCUUUCUACAGAACAAACUGCACAACUUGGUGCUGAGCUCUUCAUUGUCAGACAACUUCUUCAAAUAGUGAAGCAGAAAACCAAUCAAAAUUCCGUGGACACUACGUUGAAGUUUACUUUGAGUGCACUUUGGAACCUCACAGAUGAAUCCCCAACCACAUGUAGGCACUUUAUUGAAAACCAAGGAUUAGAACUCUUUAUGAGGGUUCUAGAGUCUUUUCCAACUGAAUCAUCAAUUCAACAGAAAGUUCUAGGACUUUUGAACAAUAUAGCUGAAGUACAAGAAUUGCAUUCUGAAUUAAUGUGGAAGGAUUUCAUAGACCACAUCAGUAGUCUCCUACAUAGUGUUGAAGUGGAAGUCAGUUACUUUGCAGCAGGAAUUAUUGCCCAUUUAAUAUCAAGAGGGGAACAAGCUUGGACAUUGAGUCGUAGCCAGAGGAAUUCUCUUCUGGAUGAUUUGCAUUCAGCUAUUUUGAAAUGGCCAACUCCAGAGUGUGAGAUGGUAGCAUACAGGUCCUUUAAUCCAUUUUUCCCAUUACUUGGCUGUUUCACAACACCAGGAGUUCAGCUAUGGGCAGUUUGGGCCAUGCAACAUGUCUGCAGCAAGAAUCCUUCAAGAUAUUGCAGCAUGCUGAUAGAAGAAGGAGGAUUGCAGCAUUUAUACAACAUCAAAGAUCAUGAACAUACUGAUCCCCAUGUCCAGCAGAUCGCUGUGGCCAUUCUGGACAGCUUAGAAAAACACAUUGUGCGCCAUGGGAGGCCUCCUCCUUCUAAAAAGCAGUCCCAGGCCAGACUAAAUUGAUAGCCAUACGUAAUUAGAUAGUUGAAUCACGGGCAUCCAUUUUGUGAUUGAUCCAUUUGAAAUAUUUUACCCCCUGUGAUGUUUUGGAGGUUUCUAUGACAAGAGUUCUAAGAUGAGUUUGGAAUUAAUAAUGUACAGUACUGCCCAUGUGAACAGUCUCUAAUUUGUCUUGUGAUUUUUAACUUACGAGGCAAGAAGGGUCUCCUCCUUUAUCAUUGCCUUUUAGAAAAUUUUCCACAUCUUCCAGUGUUUGAACUUACCUGUAUUUGAGAUUCUACAGUUUUAAGGUAAAGUUUGCACGAACCCUUAGGCCAGACUUUUCUGAUCUCAAAGUCUCUUCCAUUCAAUUUGCAGCUUCAGAUAAGCUGUCAACCUAAUUUCUGGCACCGCUUCAGUUGUAGACUUUAUACUGCUUCUGUAUCAAACGCCUUUAUUCUGUGUCUGUGCCUCUUUUAUAAGAUGUCCUUCUUAGUGUGAAAGAAUGGAAAUCAGAGUUGACUCCUCAUGGAAGCUACUCACUCGCAGGAGCCUGGAUGGCCGGCAGAAAAAUAUAUCAGAAGGAAAAACUAUUAAGGAAGAACAUUGUCAGGGAGAGGGAAUUGCUUUUAUGGUGUAGUUUUUAAAAUGGGACAGGCUAUUCUUCUGGACCCCACACUGGUCAGAAAAUUGUUCUCCAUAUUUAUGCCUGGAAGCAUAGACUGCUACUUCCUACACAGACUGCUGGUUACUCUGCAGAAAUUUUCCCCCAAGUAUCACACUGUAAAAUAUUACAGCAUUCUGUGUUAAAAACACAUGUGAUAUUGUGAAAAUAGGAAUUUGUAAAAAAUUUUCCCUGGUUAAAACUUGCCAUCCAUUUCCCUCUAUUCCAAAGUCAUUUUUCUUCAGUGGAACAGAGACUACAACAUAGUGUUAACCUACUCGGUUAAAAUACAAUUGACAAUAGUAAAUUUUGCCAUAAAAGGUUAAAUGUUUUCUUCACGAUGUGUGCAUGUUACUAAUAAGUUCGUGUUGAAGGAGGUCCACAUCUCGCUGCCAAAAAUGAAAAGAGAAUUAGACUUGUUAAAUGGCUAUAUGUAAUGAUUCUACUUCCAGUGUAUAACAGGAAAUAAUUGUGAGGGAUUAUCUUUUAGAUAAUUGCCUUUCCUUUAAGUUACCUGAUACAGUGUAGUAAAGAAUCACUUGUCAUUAAAUCAAUAAUAGCAGUUGGGAGAUAGCAAGUCACCUAGAAACAAUUUCCAUUUAAAACUUUAUUUUAUGAGUAAGAUUAAUGUGCAGUCUCAGAUGACAACAGUUUUUCCAUAGAUGGCCAAAAUAUUUUCAAUAGAGAUGUUAAAUGGGAAGUUUAAAUUAUAUUGCCUAUCCACUAAAACUUAAUUUAGAAAGGAGCUGGCUUAUUAGUACACUGAUAACAUUCUUUGACACACGUUUCAUGCCACUAUCACAGUAAGCAGACUUGAAAUUUUUAGAGUUCCUCCAGAGGGGUGAAAACUGAGUUAAACUAAAAGAAAAUAGGUAUUUAGAACCAUUAAAAACCAUAUUAAAUUGUGGGCUAAUGCUUGGGAAUUUUUGUAAGUACAAGAUAAAUUUUCAUAGAUUAAGGAAAUAGAAACAACCCCCCCCCCUUUUUUUUCUGCCCACCCACACCAGCCACAGCACCCAGUGUUGCUGGGGUUGAAAGGGCCACCCACAGUGUGGGCAGGCAGCCCCAGUUACGUUCAAACUUGUGCUCUGGCGCUGCAGCCCGCCCCGCAGCCCCCCAAUACCACCACCACAAAGCGCAACUGGAGAAAAAACUUUUAAGUUUCUUUUUGCCCUUUCUGUGAAUUUUAAUGUCACAAGGCUAAAUUCAGAAAAUAAGAUGGCCUCCAGGAGCUUGAAAGUUGACAGGUUUGUUGACCAUUUCCAUGUCUUUUAUCUAGCGUAGGUAAGGGAAAGCCUAUUUGAGAAGUUUGGCUUCAAGUUUCUGUUUUAUACUGUUCAAGACAGAAGUACAUAUUCCUUAUAGGCUAAGACUAGGUUUUCGUCUUUACAAAUUAUUUUCAGAAAUGGCUAAAAAUGUACAGAAAAUAGCAAGUCCCUUAUUUACUCAGAUUCACUUCUUGAUAAAUGAAGCCUCAGAAAAUUUAUGAUCAAAUUUAAAUUUACUGCUUUAAGCAUCAGUAGUGACCAGAGACUUCUGAGUCUUAAAAAAGGAAAUAACUUAUCAUAUCCCAAAUAUAUAAAAAAUUUAGUGCCUUUGUGGUUGGGAUGGUUCUUAAAAAUUAAGAAUGGUAUAUAAUUAAGGCACAGAAUUGUCUGGAAAGUCUUAAAUCUGACUAAAAUAUACUAGAUGUAUAAAUUGAAAUUAUGAGGUAUAACUGGCCAUUUUCUAUAGUUAGAAUUGGGCGGCACCUGUAGCUCAGUAAGUAGGGCGCCAGCCCCAUA